AUCCAUUACCUAUGACAUAAGGCAUAAGAUAUAAGAUGAUGCGCGCUAUUGUGAUUUACGGUUAACUAGUUGUACAUGUAUUUUACACAUUUGAUAUUUUUGUAUGUUACUUAUAUCAGCGAUAUUCCCCGUAUUUCGUAAUAUCUUUUUUUUCAAUAAAUCGCGGAAGUUAUCACGGAAGAUUAUUUCUGGAAUAUUCUCAGUCCUCGCGAAGUAAUUGCGAAAAUUCGUCGAAUUAAUACGAGAUGAGAAACGAUCGUGAACUGCGCCGGUUGGUACUUUGUUUUGCGACAACUGUCAUUCUCCGAUAAACAUACGUGACGAAGCAUCCAAGGAUUGAGAAUUUUGAAGAGGAAGAAGAAAUAUCCGCGAUGAACGAGAAUGAAAAUACGGAGAGACAACUUACAUGCAACACGCGUUCCAAUCUUUCAAAUGAGACACUUUUCUAUGCUGUGUAUGUACCACUGGAAUACAAAAACUGGUCGGAUGAAAAAGAAGUCUUUCAUGUUUACCUAGAUAUGCAGACUGCUUUAAAAGUGAUAAAAAAUUACAAGAAGGGUCGUUUGAAAAUCUUUAAGAAUUAUUCCGAUGCUGUGGCAUAUGAAAAAACUGGAUAUGAACAAUCUUCUGACAAUUAUUCUACAGUUUUACCUACCAUCUCUGUGACGCAAGAGAAAUCUAGUAAUUUUAAAGCACCAGAAACACAGGAGCUUCAGGCCUUUAAAAGAUUAAUUAAGAAUGGAGAUUUGGAAUGUGUGAGGAAAACUGCAUGGAAAAACCCGAGAUAUCUAAUUAGUAAUGGGGAUACACCUGCAAUUUUACAGAUGGGUUAUCGCUAUAAUGCUCUGCAUAUAGCAGCGAACCAGAACAAGCCAGAAAUGUGCGAAUUUAUAUUGAAUACUGUUGGAGAUCCUAAGUUUAUGCAACGGCAUUACGGGGAAGAGGAAUGUAAAAAAAUGUAUUUAAACCCUGCACAGAUUAUGCAGGAUUUAUACUUAAAUACACCUGACAAAGGACUCAAUGAGACUCCGUUGCAUUUUGCUGUUAAAUAUGGUUAUAUAGACGUAGUUCGAGUUCUCGUUUCCUAUUCUCAAUGCAUUAAAACUUUACCAAACAAAUAUCAAAAGCUGCCUAUAGAUAUAAUAUGCAGCAGAAAACACCAAGAAGAUGAAAAUCUAAAACGUGAGAUAAGUAUGCUGCUAGAAGAUCAAUUCUAUGUACCUGUGUUAAGAACAGAAGGCAAUGCAUGUCCACCUAUCAUUGGAGAACCAUUCUCACCAACUAAACCACUUAGUUUGAAUAGAGAUCCUAUUAGCCCACAUGUAGAAGUAAAGGCGUUUGCAGGUCCAAUGACUAAGUCGCAGGCAGUGGAAUUCCGGAAAAAAUGGAAAACACCACCACGCGUUACCCCUAAAAAGGGACAGGGUGACGCGUUCAGUAUUGGAAACAGUCCUAGCUUAGCUCUGAGGCUGCAAGAUACAGAAAAAGGAUUAGAACGUGUUGGAAGAGAUCUUGCUGAGGAAUGUCAAGUGCCUUGGAAGGAAUACUGGUCGUUCUUAAAAGGUUUCGCCGAUUUCCGGAGUGAUGAAGGAUUGGUGAAACUCGAAAAGUAUUUGGAGCAAAGAUUUAAUCUACUUUACUCUAGGAAAAAUCAGACUAGUAAUGCGGUGUGGCAUACAAAUGUGUCAGCAAACUGUCAACAAAUACCACAAAUAUUUGUUAAUGAAGUAGAAAGUUUAUGUGAUAAAUUGCGCUUGUGCUCAUUAGAUACUGAAGUAGAUGAAAUCGAAGAUGACACAGAUAGCUCAGAAUUUUUCACACCUCCGUCUUCGCCAGAACCUACCGAGGAUGAUUCCGAUGAUGAUAUGGAGAAUGCUGAAGAAGGUCCUAUAAUAUUUAUCGAAGGGUCUUCACCAACAAAAUUAGACCAUGCUGUCUAUAACGCACUUUCGUCCACGAUUUAUCCUGAUACGUAUCCUUAUAUUUAUCGUUGGCGGCACGAUAUGCAGCUAGUUAUGAAACGUGAUCCAUAUAGAUUUAAUGAUAUGAAAUUACUCAGGAAAAAAUUGUUUGCAAAUAAUUAAACAAAAAAGGAAAUACAUCGACAAUCUGGAUUGCUGAACUUUGGAUUAGCAUUGGCUUCUUCCUAAUUACAAUCCUGUAUAACAUAAAAAAAGAAAAUUAGUUCACCUAGAGUAAGAGCUAAUUAAUGUAAUUGACCAUAGAAAGUUUUAACUAUAUUAAGGACGCUCAUGAAACUGUAUAAACCUUUUUUUAUAUAAUGUUGUUGCAUAAACAAACUCUAUAUUGUAGAUAAAAGUUAAGAGAAAAAGGAUAUAUAUUUUGAGAUGUUUUUACAAAAGACUUGUAACUUAGAAACUUUCACGAUGAAAUGUUUAAAACUCUUAUCAUAUACUUCUUUCUAAUGUUCAUCGUUUUCUUCGCAGUUACAAUAAAUACUGAUUAUUGA